CUGUUGAGUACAUGAAACCGUUUCACUCUUUCCAGAAUUUCUGCGAAGCGCCGGCAAGUAAAAUGUGUGCGGACUGAUAGGUCAGAGCUCUCAUUCUCCGGGCCACUUUAAUAUGCACGUCGUGCUUUCAGCUCUCCGGACAAAGACGCCGACACUUCGCAGGUCCCUCGAGUGGGACUCAGAAGACCGAACAGAGCUCCAGCCUUCUGCUAGUGUCCGUUCUUGCCCCUUUUGGCAUCUCGGGACUUGUAGUUUUGUCCACUAUAUCUUUGCUGGAGAAACGAACGCUGAGACCACAACUCCCGUCACCGCGCGAGGACUGGCGCCAUCAGAGCGCAGCCUCAGGAGGGGGCACGGGCGCCAUUGACUAACCCGCUGGUCGAAGGGUCCGCCUUCCUGAGCCUAGGAGCCCCUGUGAUUGGUCAGCUGCCUCGCUUCUCACGGAGGGGGCGACAGGUGAAUGAAAGAGGGGCGUGUCGCUGUGCGGUAGCUCGGCCGCAAGGCUGGAUCCCGCUGAAAGAGAUUCAGGCUACUCCAGAGCAGCAGCAGCUGGUGGAGACAUGGAGAUGCAGUCCUAUCAUGCCAAGCUCUUGGGGGAGUUGAAUGAACAGCGGAAGAGGGACUUUUUCUGUGACUGCAGCAUCAUUGUGGAAGGGCGGAUCUUCAAGGCCCACAGGAACAUUUUGUUUGCCAACAGCGGCUACUUCCGAGCCCUGCUCAUUCACUACAUCCAGGACAGCGGGCGGCACAGCACCGCCUCCCUGGACAUAGUCACCUCCGAUGCCUUCUCCACCAUCUUAGACUUCCUGUACUCUGGGAAGCUGGAUUUGUGCGGGGACAACGUGAUCGAAGUCAUGUCGGCGGCCAGCUACCUGCAGAUGAACGACGUGGUGAACUUCUGCAAGGCCUACAUCAGGUCGUCCCUUGAUAUCUGCCGGAAGAUGGAGAAGGAGGCUGCCGUGGCUGCGGCGGUGGCGGCGGCGGCGGCGGCGGCGGUGGCGGCUCAUCAGGUGGACAGCGGAAGCCCCAGUUCAGGCAGGGAAGGGACCUCCUGUGACACGAAGAGCGUGGUCCCCUCUCCGGCCGAGGGAGAGGAGAGGGUGGACUGUCCAAGAGAGCCCCCUCGCAGUGACUGCAGAGGCUGCCACCCACUGGAACUGGCGGCGAAGGACGGCCAGGGCAGUGGCCCAGCUGACAGUGACCUCUCUAUUCUGCCCAAACAGAUAGAGCCCAAGGUGGAGUUUGAUGCCGACGAGGUGGAGGUGGAGUUGGGCGAACAGCUGCAGCCGUAUGCCACCCCACUCAGCCUGGCCCACAUGGACGAGGGUUUGCCCGGUGGCCAGGCCAUCGACUUGGCUUACGGUAACUACCACGUGAAGCAGUUCCUGGAGGCACUCCUGCGCAACGGUGCCGUCCAGGGCAAAGGUGACGUGGACCAUCACUUUUCUCGAAGUUUGGAGGGAAGACCAGAGGGUGCGGGAGGAGCCAUGAGUGCCGUGAUGGAUGUCCAGACUGACUGGUAUGGAGAGGACUCAGGUGAUGUGCUGGUGGUCCCCAUCAAGCUCCACAAGUGUCCUUUCUGCCCUUACACUGCCAAACAGAAGGGCAUCCUUAAGCGGCACAUCCGCUCACACACAGGCGAGCGGCCCUACCCCUGCGAGACGUGCGGCAAGCGGUUCACUCGACAGGAGCACCUGCGGAGUCAUGCCCUAAGCGUCCAUAGAUCCAACCGUCCAAUCAUCUGCAAGGGCUGCAGAAGAACCUUCACGAGUCACCUGUCCCAGGGACUGCGGCGCUUCGGGCUAUGUGACAGCUGCACCUGUGUUACAGACACACACGAUGAUGAAGACGAUUUGAUGCCCAUCAAUCUUAGCCUGGUGGAGGCCUCGUCCGAAAGCCAAGAAAAGAGUGAUACAGACAAUGACUGGCCAAUCUAUGUGGAGUCUGGUGAGGAAAAUGACCCCGCUGGAGAUGAUUCUGAUGGCAGACAGCAGAUUCGGCCCAACUUGUCAGAUCAAGAGACACUUACGUAGCGGAAAAUUCUGGGGUGUGGGUAGGGGGAGAGGUUUUAGAAUUUGUUGUUGCUCAUUCUAUGUUCGAAAGCCACCAUCUGUCCAAUUUUGUGGAACCCGGAGAGGAACAUGUUUUCACUGUUACUAUCGUUACAUUUUUGUUACAUUACACGGUGAAGGUUGGA